GAGAAGAGGAAGGAGGGAGGGAAGAGAAGAGAAGGAAAGAGAGAAGAGGAAGGAGGGAGGGAAGAGGACUUGGAUUCGAAUCCCUGCUUUGCCAUGUGUGGUCUCCAGUUGUCGGUUCUGCCUCAAUUUCCCCCGCUCUUAAAUGUCGGGGUUAGAACAGAUGACUUUCCCAGCCCCAAAUCUCGAAGUCUCAGCUUCCGGCCCCGUAGCAUUAGAGAGCUGAGGCGGGAAAGGUUUACAGCACAGUAACUGAAUAACAACACGGAGGGUCUCAGCGCGCGUUCUCAGGCGGCGGGCGGCCGCGGUCCGUCUCAGAUCCCCAGUCUGCUGCUUAGAGGAAUGCCCGUCCCCCCGCCCCGCCCCCAGCAGGUGCUUUAAGACCGAAGGACCAGGAGUGGCCGCUUUAUUCCUUUACUUUACAAUUACGACGUAUAAACUACAAUACUAGAAUUUGUCACCAAACGCCCGGGUCGGGAGCGGUCCCCGCGGAGGAGGUGAGGGGACCCCAGAAGCCAGGGCAGGCGGUGCGGGCGGGCCCGACAAGCAGCCGUCCCGCGCCGCCCGAGGCUGCAGAGCGAGCGGAGCGUGGGGCGGAGAGAGCGGCGGCGGCAUCAGCAGCGGUCUCCGCGGCAGCGGCAGCAUCUGCAUCGCGGCCCGGCAGCAGCGCCCCUCCCCCCAGUCCUCCCUCCGGGCCGAGCUGGAGCCCGCCCUGGAGCCCGAGCAGCCCGAGCCCAGGCCCGUCCAUGCAGCCCUGGGGCGAGCGCGCGGCGGGCAGGACGCAGAGCCCCGAGCACAGCAGCCCGGGCCCCCCCCAGCCGGGGCCCGGCCCCAGCCCGGCUGCCCCCGAGGCGGAGCAGGUAAUGCUUGGAGUAGGGGACAGUUUUCUUGAGGUUGUAGAGAUUCCUGCUGUGUUUGAGGCUGUUUCAGCCAAGCUUUUGCUUUUGUGGGCGAAGGCAGGGCUGGGCUCCUCGCUAUGGUUGCGGGCUGGGGGAUGCAAGGCUGCCCUCACACUCUCUCUGGGGGGCCCAAAGGAAGCGGGCUGCAGAGCCUCCAUCCCCUCAGGUGGCGGGAGCCUGUUCGCCAUCCACGGGGACUGUGAGGCGUACGACACCCGCACGGACCGAUGGCACAUGGUGGCUUCCAUGUCCACACGGCGGGCACGAGUGGGCGUGGCUGCCAUCGGGAACCGGCUCUACGCCGUCGGCGGCUACGAUGGGACGUCCGAUCUGGCCACUGUGGAGUCCUACGACCCUGUCACCAACGCUCAAGCAGCGCCUGAGUGUUUUGGGGAUGGAAUCACCUGCAGCGCCGAGCGGUAUGACCCUUUGACGGGCACCUGGACGUCCAUAGCAGCCAUGAGCACGCGGAGGAGAUACGUCCGAGUGGCCACGCUCGAUGGGAACCUCUAUGCUGUGGGUGGUUACGACAGCUCCUCUCACCUGGCCACUGUGGAGAAAUAUGAACCCCAGGUGAACACAUGGACACCGAUCGCCACCAUGCUGAGCAGGCGCAGUUCCGCGGGGGUAGCGGUGUUGGAGGGUGCCCUCUAUGUGGCGGGGGGCAAUGAUGGCACCAGCUGUCUCAACUCUGUGGAGAGAUACAGCCCCAAGGCCAAUGCUUGGGAGAGCGUGGCGCCCAUGAACAUCCGCAGGUAUAUUCCUGGACUUUCAGGGCCUUUCCUUUCCCCCGUCUCACAUCCUUGGCCAACUGGUGGCAGCCGCGGGUGCCCGGCCUCACAUCUUGUGGCCAUGGGGUUGGUUCGCGGCAGACGGGAGCUCCAGCCUGAACUCUAUCAAAAGUCAACCCGCACCAAAAGUGGGUGGGGCCCCUGCAUGUUCACCCCCGGGGGCAGCUGGGGGGCGAAAAGGCUGAACUUCCCCGCCCCUCCUCCCACGCCUCGGUGUCUUACCAGCCCCUGA